CGCCGCAGUCACCCUUACCCAUACCGCGCCGGGGAGGAGAGAAAAAGGCCCCGCUCCGGCGGAGGGAUACAGCGCUCCAUAUAUAGCGGCGCGGCGCAGGCUCACACCCCCAGCACUUCUCGCACCGCGUCAGGGAGGAGGUAGCAGCUGCCGCCGCUCGUGGUCGCGCAGUUCGUGCAGCCGCCGUCGGGCCCGCCGCCGCGCCAUGGCUGACCAGCUGACUGAAGAGCAGAUUGCUGAAUUCAAAGAAGCCUUUUCCCUAUUUGACAAAGAUGGUGAUGGUACUAUCACAACAAAAGAACUGGGAACUGUCAUGAGGUCGCUGGGUCAAAAUCCAACAGAAGCAGAAUUGCAGGAUAUGAUCAACGAGGUAGAUGCUGAUGGUAACGGCACUAUUGACUUUCCUGAAUUUUUAACCAUGAUGGCCAGAAAAAUGAAGGACACAGACAGCGAGGAAGAAAUCCGUGAGGCAUUCCGAGUUUUUGACAAGGAUGGCAAUGGCUAUAUCAGCGCAGCAGAGCUACGUCAUGUUAUGACAAACUUAGGAGAAAAGCUAACAGAUGAAGAAGUAGAUGAAAUGAUCAGAGAAGCAGACAUUGAUGGGGAUGGGCAAGUCAACUAUGAAGAAUUCGUACAGAUGAUGACUGCAAAGUGAAGAGACCUCCUUUACACCUUUUUUCCUCUAGAAGAAUCAAAUUGAAUCUUUUACUUACCUCUUGCAAAAAAAGUUCAUUUAUUCAUUCUGUUUCUGUAUAGCAAAACUGAAUGUCAAAAUACCUUCUGUCCACAAACUGCAUGUAAUGGUUGGUGGUCCUGUCCCCAAAAGAUCAAGUUAAACAUCAGUUUUACAAUAUAAUUAAUUGUACUACCUUGAAAAAUAAAUAAAUUAAAAAAAAAAAAAGGAAGCACUUAGUGAACUCGAAAGUUCCAUUUGCUAAUGACUAUUACACUGUUUGGGCUGGCCAGUUUUUCAUGCAUGCAGCUUGACAAUUGAGCACAGUCAGACAUUUGUAUUAAAAGGAAAAAAAAAAACCUUAAAGAUCCACUCUUUUGUUCAACAGUGGAUUCUAGAUCAAUUUGUAGUAUAAAUUGUCAUAGCUGGUUUACUUUAAAAUUGGUUUAUACCUCAGGAUGGUAUACAGCAAAAAUGGUUGAAGGAUAUGAAACUUAGAGAAAAUGCCCAAAAGGUUGAAUGGUUCUCCUGUACGUAGCAGUGUGCUCCAAAAAUAUGAUGAUCUUAACCAUGGAUGGCAUGUCUGUGAUAAAAAAUAUUGGUUUAACAUUGUCUGCAUUGCACUAUAGUGAAACGGGUGUCGGGCUGUUACCGUUCACAAAAUUUUUAAAAGAAACCUUCACCAAGGGAGCAUCUUUGGACUCUCAUAUUUUUAAAACCUUCUGUACCAUGACUUGGAGCUGGCGGAGUAGCCUGUGGACUUCAGCACAACUAUCAACAUUGCUGUUCAAGAUAUUACAGUUUAUGUCCAUUCCAAGUUGUAAAUGCUAGUCUUUUUUUUCCAAUAAAAGACCAUUAACUUAAAGGUGGUGUUAAAUGCUUUGUAAAGCUAAAAUAUAUAUAUAAUUGAGAUAACAAACCAAAAAAAGCAGUAGGAGGGAAGCGUUUCUAUGAAUGACUUGCUGCUAAAUUAUAAUGCACAUGUAUGCAAUAAGUUAUCCCCUAUCUCUUCAAGAUGGCAAGAACUGACCUCCUGUAACCCAAGACCUUUGCUAUAAAUAAAUGAACUUGUGCUUGCCUUUCA